AGGAUGAAUAUUGAAAUGGAAACAUAAUUUUUCAAUAUCAGUUCGAUAUGCUUGUCAAAUGAUUUGACGAAAGUGAGAAGUAAAAUUAAUAAGGAAAGUUGAAAAAAGUUGUGCAUUAUACAAUCUAUAUCUUUAUUAUGGAACGAUUUUUCUAAUGAUAUAGAAAUUCUUAAUUCAAAUUUGAAUUUGAAAACAUUUUUCUAAUAAUUCUACUAUCUAUAUCUUUAUUAUGGAACGAUUUUUCUAAUGAUAUAGAAAUUCUUUAUUCAAAAUUUUGAUGUGAGUGUUUCAGACAAUAUUAAUUAUUGAACUUGCUUGAGUUUUGUUAAAGCAAAGUAUGAACAAAUUAUAAUUGACAGUUUGCUGCAAAGGCAAAUAGAAAAGAAAGUUACCCAAUGUGGAAGAAGAUAAAGCAAUAUAAAGCUCAAUACAGCAAAAGAUUUAGGAAUAUGAGCAGGAGGAAAGAAGAAAGAGGAUGAUAUAGAAUUUGUUGAAUCUUAAGUGAGGUGAUUCACAACAUAAUUGGGGUGUCUUUGGCAGCUGAAAUCGCCUGCUCGAUUGUGUGCAAAAAAAAUAUAUAUUUAUUGACUUGUGCGAAUGCAAUUUUAUCCAAAAUAAAUGCAGUAGUAUUUCAAAAAGCGUAGGGAAGAAGAAGAACAAAGGGAGUGAAAGUUGGGGUUAAAUUGAAUGAGAGUGUGAAAAAGUGUGUGCGUGUGUGUGUGUGUGUAGAGGAGCUCACAUCGAUCGUUGUUGUUAGAGUAGUGUAUGGAUCUAUUUGUCAAAUCAAUUCAAUAUCUUUUCUGCAAUUCAUUUUCUAAUAGUUUCGUGUGAAUUUUGUUCAAUUUGUUUUAUGGAAGAGCGUGCCUGUGAUACGAUGUGAGCUGCCUGUGAGAGGGGUUGAAGUUGGGGUUGGGGCAGGGAGGAGAAGGUACAAUAAUUACAAGAAAAGAAAAUAAAAUGUGUAGAACUUUAGUUAAAUACAAUUAAAAACAAUUUAUGUUCAUUGAAACAUGCAAUGCAAUCUACUUGGUAAUUAGUUUUGUUUUAUUUUUGAUUCAAAUUGUGCGACCAAUGCACAACUCUGUACUUCAAUAAUAAUGAAAUAGUUUGCGUACACGCAUACAUACAUAACAAUAUGUACAUGUGUAUAUGUAGUACAUACUCGAGACACUGUGUUAAAUUCUAAUACUAUAAUAACUCUUAUUUCAAUUGAUACCUGACUAUAACUAUGUAUAACUAAACUAAAACUACCGCUAUUAACAAAUUUUCAAUCUAGUUGGUAAACGAAACAAACAUAAAUAAUGUACACACCCGACACCAACACCAAUAAACACACACACACAUACACACACACUAAAAAGCAAAUCUUUUUUUAUUUUUCUUGAAUAUUUGUUUAACUGUUUUUAAGUAGUGAGCUUAAUGUGCCCAGUCAAUAGCAAUUAUACAAGUAUAACACCAAUAUACAACAAAUGAUUCAAAUAAAGGGUUUUGUGUUUUUAAUCCAAAAACAAAAUACUAUAAAUAGACAAAAAAAAGACUUUAAUAUGGAUGCGAUAUCGGAAAGAAACUGGAUCGAAUCUUAUCUUAUCAAAAUCUUUAUUCAAAUAACAUUUGCUACUCUUAAUUUCAAUCAUUCAAAAUCUUUUAACAAUUGUAUUCCCUAAUGAUCUUACCACAAUCAAAAGCCAACGCUGCGAAUGUGUAAUAUGGAUUCCACUCGAAGUCACUCAAAUCUUCAAAUCACAAACUGCUGUUCCGAUUCCAUUUGUUUCUAUGCUUUGCUGUUUAGGCAUUCAAUUCGCCUGCUCGUUCGCACACACAGCGAAAGCAUUAAAACAUGUUGUUGUUCCAGUCACACUUAUAAGGCAAGGCAAACAAAACGAAACGAAAAGAAAACAAAGCAGAAAAACAUGUUUUGCUCUCGCACUUGCCGCAGUUGGUGUGCGAGUGAAGUUGUUGCAAUAUGGAUCUGGACGCAGAGCAAUUAAUCUUUUUGAUUGAGUCAAGAAAACCCAUAUAUAAUUACAAAAGCAAGGAUCAUGCAAAUAAAGAAAUAACCGACAAGCUAUGGCGACAAAUCGCAAAGGAAUUGAAUUGUGAAGUAUCCGAUUGUAAAAGUAAAUGGACUGUUUUACGUAAUUCGUAUGCCAGAUAUUUGCGAGAUGAGCGACAUGGCUUGAGACUGAACUUGAGUGGAAGGCGAAAAAAGAAAUGGUAUUUAGCUGAUUCUAUGGCUUUCCUAAAGGACUAUGUGCAUCAACAGCAUCCCGUUGCCGCCUUGGAUAGCCAAGAUACAAGUAGCAUAAGUUCUGAAUCAAAAAUGCGCUCAUCCAGAACAUUUGCAGUGUCAACUAAAAAGGUCAAGACGGAAAUGGUUAAAUCAUCGAGUGAAUGCUUUACGCCAAUGGCAAAAGAGACAACAUCGGAGUCUUCGAGUGGUUUGUUUUUCAAAAGUCUAUUGAUGGACUACGAUCAAUUAAGUAGUAAACAGCAACGUUCGUUUAGAUUAGCAAUGUUGACAAAAAUGAACGAGUUGCAAGAGGAGGCUGAGAAUGAAACUGAAGUUGAUUGGCAAGAUUGAAUAAAUGUAUUAGAGCUUUGUAAAAGUGGAGUUUUUUAUAAUGUGAAGUUUCAAUUGUUUUAUCAUACAGAUAAAUCUUACUUAUUGGCAUAGAUGUACAUAUGUACAUUUUCACAUUGCGUAUUACAGCUUUUGAUUUGAUUUGACAAUCAGCUGAUCUUUUGUUUACAAACAAGCAAGGGCUGCAGCAUCAGUCAAAACAAACUGCAAACUAGACUGCAGUAGCAUUAAUACUGAAAAUUCAUAAAUGUCAAAAAUGCAGAUUUAUGCUUAAACGUUAAAAGUGAUUGAAAAACUUGUUAAUAAAAAGCACAAGUUUUGUUUAACAUCAAAUUCACAUACACACCAAGUUUUCCCUUAUGCUCAAUAUGGCGCCUCUUAAAAGUGUGACCAGCCUGGUGUGUUGGUUGUAAAAUGGUAUAUUAUACACAACUUACAAUUUAAAAAACGCUGCUUUUUGAAUGAAAAAUAAUAAAAAUAUUCCAAACUAGUCUACAGCAAUAAAUUAUUUAAUAAUAAGCAAUGCUUAAAGAAAGUAUAUU